AUGUCUGACCCCUCCACCACGGCAUCCGGCCAGAGCAACCAAUACUUGCAACGAGCAUACAAGUUGAAGGAUGCAGAUGAAGCAAGGGACCUGUACGACGAGUGGGCCACAUCCUACGAUCACGACCUCCGCGCCUCGGAUUACGAGUCGCCCCAACGCACCGUAGAUGCCGUGGUUGCCAACAUCUCCGACAUCGCGGGAACGAUCAAAAUACUAGAUGCUGGCUGCGGCACUGGACUGGUUGGAGAGUGCUUCGCGAGCUCGAAACUGGCCGGUCGAUGCACCGUCGAUGGAAAAGACCUCUCCAAUAGCAUGGUGGAGGUCGCGCGAGCCAAAGGGGUGUAUCGGGAUCUGGAAGUGGCCAACUUGAACGAACGUCUUAAUCACGCCGAUGGCAGCUACCACGUCGUUACUUGCACGGGAACUUUGACAAAGGGACAUGUGGGAGCGACGGUCUUUAAAGAGUUCGCUAGAGUGACUUCCAUGGGCGGGAUCAUUGUUGCCACUGUGCAUGAUGAGAUCUUCGAGAGCAACGGGUAUCAAAGUGAAGUGAAGUCGUUGGCAGCGCGGAAUGUCAUGGAGAUCGUGAGCACGGAUGACUUUGGGAUCGUCAAGGGGCAGACAAAAGGGGGGAGGAUGGUAGUGCUCAGGAAGUUGUAG